AUGGCGGAUUUCCUCGGAAAUAACACUAUUUUUAAUCCCAAUAACAGUGCAUAUCGUCGAGGCCAUUCCACCACUACUACCAUGUUAGCUAUCAGAGAUGAUAUCCUUAGGGCAAUGAAAAGAGGCGAAGUGACUAUUGCAGUUCUGGCGGAUUUUUCGAAAGCCUUUGAUACAGUCGCCUAUCAAAUCGUGUUAUCCAAGCUGCAUCGCUUAGGAUUUUCGAAUACCUCCUUGAAAUGGCUAAUAAGCUAUCUGACAGAUAGAAAACAGUACGUCCAAGUGGACGAUCGUUCUUCCGAGCGUGUUGGCGUAACCUUCGGAGUACCGCAGGGAUCGAUUUUAGGUCCAGUUAAAUUUAUACGUCAAUGA